AUGGCAGACGUCAAGCCUUCCGUCCUCAUUGUGGGCGGUAUGGGCUAUCUUGGCCGGUUCCUCGCCCUCCACAUCCACAAGAACAAUCUCGCGUCCCAAGUUCGUCUGGUCGAUAAGGUUCUGCCUCAGCUCGCCUGGCUAGCUCCUGAAUUCUCCGAGGCGUGCUCCCAGGAUAAGUUUAUGCAGGCAGAUGCUAGCAAACCCGCCUAUUGCGCUCUAGAUGGUCUUGCUAGAAUAUUUAAUCGCCCCGAUGGCAAAGAAUGGGACUAUGUUUUCAACUGCGGCGGCGAAACAAGAUACUCCCAGGAGGACGAGGUCUACAAGCUACGAUCGCUAAGCCUCUCUGUCGAGCUCGGCAAGGAGGCCGCCAAGCGCAAAGUCAAGGCAUUUGUUGAGCUCAGCACUGGUAUGGUCUACAAGUCGGACUCGGCACCGAGCAAAGAGGGCGAUAAGCUCAAGCCUUGGAGCAAGAUUGCCGUCUACAAAUUGCAGGCUGAAGAGGAGCUAGCCAAGAUUAGCGGCCUAAAUCUCGCCAUUGUGCGACUUCCACACGUAUAUGGCCCUUACGCUUCGCAAUGGGUCGCCACUGCCCUAUGCAUGGCUCGAGUCUAUCAGCACCUUGAAGACGAAAUGAAGUGGCUCUGGACAAAGGACCUGCGCACAAACACGGUCCAUGUUAUAGACGCUACGCGAGCGCUGUGGGAUAUCGCGGCCUGGUACGACGCCGGCAAGAAGAACUGGGACGAGGCCGAGAUGGGCAAAGUGCCGACAUUCAACGUGGUGGACAAGUCGGCCACGACACAGGGCACCAUGGCCGAGAUUAUCGGCGACAUUUUCGGGAUUGAGACUGGAUUCCAGGGCCAGCUGGUGAGCACAUUCGCUCGCCUGAACCUGGACAGUGUUGUCGACGACGUCAAUGACGAGGUGCUGGGACCCUGGGCAGACCUGCUCAGCGAUGCUGGCAUUACUCGUCCAGGACCUCUGACACCAUUCAUGGAAAAGGAACUUCUUAAGGACACGGACCUGAGCAUGGAUGGAAGCAGACUAGACAAGCUGCUGGGAUUUACGUACGAAAAGCCUAAGGUCACCAAAGAGCUGGUGGAGGAAGUCAUUGAGAGCUACAAGCGGAUGAAGUGGUGGCCUUAG